AUGGAAACCAAACUUGGUAAUAGUAACUGGAGCAACGAAUGGAGCGACCUUAACGACCUUGGUGAUUGGAGCGACCGUGGUGAAUGGAGCAAUCUUAACGAACUUGGUGAUUGGAGCGACCGUGGUGAAUGGAGCGACCUUAACGACCUUGGUGAAUGGAGCAACCCUAACGAAAUUGGUGAAUGGAGCAACCCUAACCCUAGUGGCGAUCCUUGUGACUCUGACGAGAUUGGUGAAUGGAGCGACCUUAACGACCUUGGUGAUUGGAGCGACCGUGGUGAAUGGAGCGACCUUAACGACCCUAACGAGAUUGGUGAAUGGAGCAACUUUGGCGACCCUUGUGACUCUGACGAGAUUGGUGAAUGGAGCGACCUUGGUGAUUGGAGCGAUCGUGGUGAAUGGAGCGACCUUAACGACCUUGGUGAUUGGAGCAAUCCUAACGAGAUUGGUGAAUGGAGCAACCUUGGCGACCCUUGUGACUCUGACGAGAUUGGUGAAUGGAGCGACCUUAACGACCUUGGUGAUUGGAGCAAUCGUAGUAAUUGGAGCAAUCCUAACGGCUUUUUUGAUUAUAGUAGUCGGUAUGAUAUUAGUUUUCCUAAACUUUUGGAAGUUGAAUCUCUGGACGUUUGUGACAACUUUGGUUAG